AUGCCAAUGUGCUUAAGUAAACUUGAACCCGUUUUACCCAAGGAUGAUCGACAUUGCAACAUCUGCAACAAGAGUUUCACACGCCGCCGAGAUCUAAAGCGCCACAUCCGUUCUAGCAAAGCCCACAGAAACAAGGACAUUGCCAACUGCGAAUGCCCCAUUUGUGGCAAGAUGUUUACGCGACCCGAUAUUCAAAAAAAACAUCAAGCCAACAAGAGCUGCCUCGGUCGACUAUUCAGGAUACUCCGGGAUGCAGGAAUGGUCAUACCACAAACCGAUAUCACUGACGACAAUGCUAUGGUUCUGUAUUAG